UUGAUGGUAUUGGUUGUGGACGUUGAUGGUAUUGGUACUGGACGUUGAUGGUAUUGGUUCUGGACGUUGAUGGUACUGGUACUAGACGUUGAUGGUAUUGGUUGUGGACGUUGAUGGUAUAGGCUGUAUUCACGCCCGCCAUGUUUUCAACUCAGAACGAGGCUUGGUGCACAAACAAUGGCGGCCCUGCAUUGCUGUGUACCGAUGUGCACUAAUGAUUCUCGUUAUGACACCGAGGGACAGCUGUCUUUUCACAGAAUCCCUGCUGAAAAAAACUUAAGAAAAGAAUGGCUUGUUAAGAUAAGAAGAGAUGUCGGACCAUAUUUCAAGCUUUCUGACAAAACAAGGGUCUGCUCAUCUCAUUUCAAGGCAGGUGAUAUUCGUCGUACUUUAAUAGGAAAGAGAACGCUACUACCAGGAUCAGUUCCUAGCCUCUUUCCAUGGACACAGAGAUCCCCAUCAAAACGGAUAGGUCCACAAAGAAGAUCAUUGAAGAAGAUUGAUCCUGAGCCAAUAGAAAUUCAGGUUGCUGGAGAAAUGCCAUGUUCACAUGAUGAAGUACCCUUAGCUUCCAUGGAUCAUGACUACACCAUAACCCCUCAGCCAAUUGAUGAACAACUUGCAGCUGCACAUGCAGAAUUGAAAGUACUUAAGCAGCAACUACUUGAGACAAGUCAAAAGCUGUUUUUCUUGGAGCGUUUCAGCAAUGAUCCUCAGAAUAUUAAUUUCUACACAGGUUUUAAAGACUAUGCAACUCUCAAGAGUGUCUUCGUAGCCCUACAGCCCACAGCUACUACCAUGAUUAGGUGGACGCAGAUGCAGAGACAUUCAUCAAACAUGGAUAAAUUGAAAACAAGUGCAUUCCAUAACGAAUCACUGCCCUUGAUAGAUCAGUUUUUUUAUGUUUUUAUGUAGAGUGCAUCAAGGACUACUUGAACGUGAUCUGGCAGUUAGGUUCAAUUUGUCUCAAUCAUCAGUCAGUAGGAUAUUAAUCACUUGGGCCAACUACCUGUAUGUGAUGCUAGGAAGUAUCAAGAUUUGGCCAACUCGUUCAAUAAUUGACAGUAACAUGCCAAGAGAUUUCAAACUUUGGUAUCCCAAGACACGGGUCAUCAUAGAUUGUACAGAGGUGAAGGUGCAGACUCCUAGUUCCAGAGUAUUGAACUCAGAGGUUUAUUCCUCGUACAAGAGCCACACAACGUUUAAGGGUCUGAUAGGUAUUACACCCUGUGGAGUUUUAUCGUUUGUUAGUACUUUAUAUACCGGUGCAAUUUCUGAUAAGGAAAUCACAAGUAGAUGUGGCAUUGUGGAUCUUCUGGAGCCAGGUGAUGAGGUAAUGGCUGAUAAAGGAUUUUUGAUACAGGAUUUAUUGGAG